UGUAAACCGAAAGUGCAACUUUGAAGCUUUGUUGGCAUUUGCGGGAGAGAUUUUCUGGCCGCCGCAUCGGGUUCCUCCCACCUCCCCUUGGUCAUGGAAACCUGGCUGUUGAUCGGGGCCUUUCUGGCCCUGCUCGUGCUCUACGGGGUCUGGCCGUACCGUUUCUUUAAGAAGCUGGGGAUUCCUGGGCCGCAGCCUUUGCCUUUCAUUGGGACCUUCCAUCACUACAGGAAAGGGGUUCUGGAUUUUGACCAGAGUUGUUAUCUCAAGUAUGGUAAAAUCUGGGGAAUAUUUGACGGCCGACAGCCAGUGAUGGCCAUUCUGGAUCCUACCAUCAUCAAAACCAUCCUGGUAAAAGAAUGCUACGCCUAUUUUACCAACCGCCGGAAUUUCGGUUUGAAUGGAGAACUAGAGAGUGCCGUAUCAAUAGCUACCGAUGAGCAGUGGAAGAGGAUUCGCACUGUGCUCUCUCCCACAUUUACCAGCGGGAGACUAAAGGAGAUUUUGCCAAUCAUCAACAGAAAUGGGGAGAAACUGCUGAAGAAUGUCCAGAAGAAAGUGGAUAAUGAUGAACCCACAACUAUGAAAGACUUAUUUGGGGCCUACAGCAUGGAUGUCAUAACCAGCACUUCAUUCAGCAUUGAUAUUGAUUCUAUGAACAACCCCAACGAUCCUUUCAUCAUGCACGUCAAGAAGUUUCUCAAGUUCAGCUUAUUCAAUCCAGUGCUCCUUCUCGUUGUCAUAUUUCCAUUCCUUGUACCAGUACUGGAUAAGCUGAACGUCACCCUGGCCCCUGCAUCCUUCAUGAACUUCUUCACCAACGUAAUCAACAAAAUCAAGAAAGACCGGCGGAAGAAUGAUCACACGAACCGGGUUGACUUUCUGCAGUUAAUGGUGGACUCCCAAGUUUCAGGAGAGAGCUCUGAAGAGGCAUAUAAAGCUCUAACCGACAGGGAGAUCGUUGCUCAGGCUGUCAUCUUUAUUUUCGGUGGCUAUGAGACCAGCAGCUCCACCCUCAGCUUCCUGUCCUACUCUCUGGCAACCCACCCAGAUGUUCAGCACAAGCUGCAAGAGGAGAUCGAUGAAGCUCUCCCUGACCAGGCCACACCCACCUACGAUGCCAUCCUUCAGAUGGAGUAUCUUGACAUGGUGGUAAAUGAAACCCUCAGGCUCUACCCCCCAGCAGGACGGAUUGAGAGGGUUUGCAAAAGCACAGUGGAGAUUAAUGGAGUGACUAUCCCGGAAGGAACUGUGACCAUGAUCCCAGCUAACGUCUUGCACCGUGACCCAGAAUAUUGGCCAGAACCAGAAGAGUACAGACCCGAAAGGUUCAGUAAAGAGAACAAGGAAUCUAUAGACCCCUACACCUUUCUGCCCUUUGGAGCUGGUCCGAGGAACUGCAUCGGGAUGCGCUUCGCUCUCCUGAUAAUGAAAGUGGCCGUGGUCUUCCUCCUGCAAAGAUACUCUUUCAGAACCUGCAAAGAGACUCAGGUCCCCCUGGAACUGGAGAGCAAAGGCUUCCUGCAACCCAAAAAGCCCAUCGUGCUGAAGAUGGUCCCCAGAGCCCCUGCUGAACCUGAGGAAUAAAGGAAUUAGAUGCGACUACCACCUCCCUAUUCCACACCUUUUUGCCCUCACCUCACAUGGGACUAGUAACUUGAGUAUUGGCGUUGAAGCGAGGAAGCUGCGUUUUUUGCCUCAAGAUGUGUCUCUGCUUAUUGUGACAGACCUUUUAAAUUUUAUUCUUUCAAUACCCAAUCAGAUGUUUUUCUAUUUCAAUUGAGGUUCUUAUUUACAGCAACUUUAGAUUUUUUUGGGAUUAAAUGAGAGCUAAACUACAAGAGACAAAUUACAUGAGGAGUCGAAAUAUUAACUGGGAAUCUGAGUUUUAAAAGAGAUUGGAAGGCUUUGUCAAUUUCCCCUCUCUACAGAGGCAGGGGGAUCUCUGCUCAGAAGGUUUAUUUAUUUCCUCUUCACCUCUUUGAAGGGGAGGUGAAACUGACAGAGCCUUUGGGAGGCAAAGAGGAAAUUAACAAACCCUCUC